GAGGCAGCUCGGCCAAUCGGGUCCCCCGCCGGAAGGUGCCUCGCGCCGUCUCGGGCGAAAGAGAGCGGCAUCGUGCGCGGUCGGUCAGUCGGCUGGCAGGCAGGCAAGCGGGCAUCAUGAGCGCAGGUCUGGGAGGGAUGACGGCGGAGCAGCUCUUGCAGCAGAGGCUCCUCCGGAGCCGCCUGCGAAGCUCGCAGCACGCGGGCCUGGGUAUGGGAGGCCCGAUCCCGCCGCCGCUGCUACAACAGCCUGGCCCGCCAUGCCUGCUCUCGCCUCCUUCGCCGCCCGACUCCCCGCCGCCCGGCACGACGCCCGCCGAGAUCCCCGCCGGCCCGCGUUACCCGAGCGAGACCUGGUGCUCCUUGUGCCGCGUCUACUGCCCGGAUCCAGUGUGCCUUCCCUGCGGGCACAACUUCUGCACCGCCUGCAUCGGGCAGCGGCUGGGCGAGCCCAAGAUCAACAUCUCCUGCCUGGAAUGCGGCGCCAGCGCCCGCAAGAGGAACCUCCGGCCCAUCAAGCCGCCGCCGCUGUUGGCCAACCUGGUGGUGGAGAGGCCCAAGCGGCAGAGGCUCGACUCCUUCACAGGGGUCGCGGCGGCGGCAGCUGCCGCAGCAGCAGCCGCCGCCACACUAGUCCCUCCGAGCGCAGCCGUAUUGCCAGCAGCAGCAGCGCCUCCGGUGGUGGCGGCGGCGACGGUGGUGCCCGCUCCAACCAUCGUCCCUCCGGCGCCCGUGGUCUCAAGGCCCGCGACCCCGCCGCCUCGGUCGCCCACGCCCCCGCCGGCCACCCCUCCGCUGCUCCCUCUCGCGCCGUCCCCGGCCCCUCCCUCCACCCCGCCGCCGGCCCCUCUGCCCGUGGCCUCCCCGACCGGGAAAAGGGCGCCCAUCGCGCCCGUGGGAGUCGCUGGAGACGGGAUCGGCGAGAGGCUGUGCGAAAUCCACCAGGACGUGCUGCAGUUCUUCUGCGAGGAGGACCAGAUGCCCAUUUGCGCCCACUGCGACCGAUCCCAGGAGCACCGCGCCCACACCAUCUUCCACGUCCAGAGGGCAGCCCGGGAUUACAGGCCAUUUUUAUUUAUUCAGGAGCGAGUUAAGGCACAGUUAGAAACUCUGAAGCAGGAAAAGAAUAAUCUGUGGAGUCAGAAGCUGACAGGCGAGAAGAAAAUCCAAGAAUACACGGAAAAGGUUGAAACCGAAAGGAAGGACAUCGUCACUGAGUUUGAACAGUUGCAUCAGUUCCUGAAAGAACAGGAGGAACGCCUGCUGACCCAGCUGGAAGAGCUAGAUAAAGACCUAGAGAAGCAGAAAGAUGACAUGAUGACCAAAAUCUCAGAAGAACUUUCCCGUCUUGGUGAUGUCAUCACUGAGAUGGAGGUGAAGUGCAAGCAACCGGCGAGUGAAUUUUUGCAGCAAACAUCCGAUGUUCCACCUCAGGGAUCACAGGACAUUAAAAAAAACAUGGACAGAUGCACCGCAGAACAGUUCCCGUCGGCUGAGGAAGCGACAUCCAAGCUGGCAGAGCGACUGGAGUUGUUGUCACGGAAAGGGAUGGUUCUAAAGGAAACUAUGAAUAAAUUUCAAGAUAAUGUGACAUACGCCAUCGAGAGAACAGACACUAUGAAAUCACUGAAUGAUAAAGGAACUUUUGAUCUGGAUUUCUCAAGUGCUCUUCUGCCUCUGGACCAAAGAAAUGCAGGAGAUGGAGAAUCUCGGCACCGGCUGCCUGCCUUACAUUAUGUCCCUGACACCCCCCAAAGAUUGGAUUCCAGAGCUCUGGUUCUGGGCUGUGAUGGGUUCACCUCUGGGAGAUACUUUUGGGAAUUGGAAGUGGGCGAUGGGGAAUUCUGGGCAGUGGGGGUCACCCGAGAUCCUUCCAAGAAGAAGGGGAUGAUGGACUUUAGCCCAGAGGAGGGGAUCUGGGCUGUGGGGCUUUGGAAGGGCCAACACUGGGCCCUCACUUCCCCUGUUACGGCUUUGUCUCUGAGCAAAAACCCCAAAAGAAUCCGAGUGUCCUUGGACUACGUGGGGGAAUGUGUGACCUUUACCGAUGCAGACACGGAGGACCCCAUCUUCACGUUCCCACCAGCUUCCUUUAAUGGGACACGUGCCCAUCCUUUGCUGUGGGUAGUAGGUUUCCCAGCCCAGACUGUGUUUCUGAGGCGCAUGGGUGUAAAAUACCCAGUUGGGGUACAGGAAAUGGAUAUGAUGAGUCCAUAAGUUUAAGUAUCCACCGUACCCAGAAGAAAAAAUUACAGAUCACUAAACCUGCCAGCUCAGAGCAGGGUGUUGAGCCAUUUUGAUUUAAUGAAAUUGGAAAGAUUGAUUGUUUUAUUGCCGCCUUGUGUACCGUAGAAUGUGACAUGGAAGCAGAACGGCUCUCCUUGCACACCAAGGCCUUAAGACUGUUGCCCCUGGGGAACAAAGGAAGAAUUACAAAGAGCAGGGAGGCUGGCUUGGCCUUCCUGACAUAAUAUCCCUUUUAGGACAUCCUCUUUCACCAAGGGAUCAAGGUGACCCCUUCUUAGCGCUAGGCUCGAUCUUUUUUUUCAUUUUGAAAAAAAAAGAGAAGAAAAUUAGCUAUUAAAUUUCCCAUUUUUAGUUCCUUCUCAAUCAGUUCAUAUUUUGCAUUUUGAUGAUUUUACUUUAAAAAUGGCUGCAUGUAUUUCGGCUGCAAUACCUAGCAGCAUGUAUUCCUUUGAAAGGAAAGGCUUUAACUCUGUCCUUUGUGCUGGAGAAAUGUUUUUGUUUGAGAACCACACGUACAUUUUGGCCGCCCCUGGGUCAGAGAUCCUAAAUUGAAGCACUGAAGUCUUGGCAUCUAUGGCAGCUUUGACUGGACCGUCCUUCCUCUACAUCUGUAGGGUCUUCCCUUUUGCUGCCGUUCUCCGAAACUUGAUUAUAAUCUUCCCAGUCUUCAGUCUGAUUCUGGAGAUGAAAUGGACAGAUGUUUGUGCCAUAAUAAUAACCUGGAUGCUCUGGUUUAAUAGAUGAAAUGCAAUGUCUGAAAGAUAUGUAAAAGGAACCCUGGGGUUAUGGUUGAUGCCUACUGAAUAUACAAAUCAUAAUAAAGACUGUUAGUAUGUU